GCACGUACACACACGCAGACACACGCGCGGCUACACGUCUCCAGGACUUUAAUAACGGGACGUUCACAGCGUUAAUUAUUAUUGCGAUUCUUAAUUAUAAUUAGUGUUCAUUCAUUAUAAUUCGACUUCUGUAAGAGUAGUCGGGUUUUUUUGAGUUGUAAGAGCGGUUUUUUUUUUAUUCCAUCUUUUUUGUUGUUGUUGUUGUUGUUGUUGUUGUGCAUGCCUUUGAGACUCGUGAAGGCCAUGACGGAAACGGCGGCGACACCGGCGAAAGCCAGGAAGGCGAAAGCGGUGAAGAAGGCGACGUCGCACCCGAAGUACUCGGACAUGAUCGAGGCGGCGGUGCUCGCGGAUAAAAGUCGCGGCGGCGCCUCGCGGCAGUCCAUCCAGAAGUAUGUGAAGAGCCACUACAAAGUGGGAGACGCGGCCGACGUGCAGAUCAAACUGGCACUCAAGCGGCUCGUCGCCACGGGGUUCCUGCGCCACACCAAGGGCAUCGGAGCCUCGGGCUCGUUUAAGCUCGCCAAAGCCGAGGAACCUGCAAAGCAGCAGGCGCAGAAGAAGAAACCUGCGGCGGCACCAAAGAAGAAACCCAGCGCCGCUGUGAAAGCCAAGAAACCCGCUGCUGCCUCCAAGCCUAAGAAAGCGCCCAAACCUAAAAGGGUGGUUGCCAAAUCUCCAGGCAAGGCGAAGAAGACCAGAGCAGCAGCAGCAGCAGCAGCAGCCAGCAAGCCGAAAAGAAAGACUGCACCGGAGAAGAAGAAGACCACCAAGUCUCCAGUGAAGGUCAAGAAGGCGGUGAAGAAACCGAAAACGGCCACCAAGCCCAAGAAGGUGAAGACCGCAGCCAGGAAGACCAAAGGCAAGAGUCCGAGCAAGAGAGCGGCCAAGAAGAAGUGAUGUGGGAUGGAGAAAAGUUCUCCCCAUGACACGGACUUACACACACACACACACACACACAUGUGUAAAUAAACUGUUUUAGACAUUUUUGAGGCUUUUUCUUUCUUUAUUUUAUGAUGAUGAUCAUCUGUUGUACAAGGUCUGUUUUUUUUUUACACUUCCUGCAGUCACAUUAUUGCACUAUUCGAGUUAAAAGUUGCACUCAAAUACAAAAACCGGGAACAUCUGGAGCGUUCAGCGCGUAUACAGAUGUUUUUGUUUUCUUGACGCUGGAGCACCAGAUGAUGAUGAUGAUGAAGGAGGUGGAGGAGGUCACGUUCAUGUUAGUAAACCAUAUAAGAAACGUAGAAUUGAAGUGUAAUAACCUGCUCGGACACGUUUAUACUGUACAACGAAUAAAAAUCUUUUUCUUUUUAAAA